AUGCAAUUGUUCAUACAUUCUCGAAACUUUAUCAUGAAUUAUCAAGCAGAAAAAGUACAAUUCAUCGAUACAUCACCAGGAAACACAAUUGUACAGACUACUAAAGCAUUAGCAGCACCUGCCGAAGUCAGUCGAACACGAAAACGUUUAAUCCUUUUAAUAACUAUUAGUCUGGUAUUUAAUACACUGUUUUUUAUACAACAAGUUUAUCGAGUUUCUACACAAUACGCAAACGGGACAAAUAGUGCAGUAAUACUUAUACCAGCGAUACUGUGUUUGCUUUACAAUUGUUUUGGAUUGGUGGUAACAUAUAAAUAUCAUCAAACCGGAAUUCUUAUUUUUGCUUGGCUUGGUGUGAUUAAUUUUAUAAUAUUAUGUGCUAUUGUGUUAAAAUUUCAAUAUGCAUUUAAAUUAGUUCGACUUAUUAAGAAUCCAACAGCAUUUGAAACUGGUCUCUUUUAA